GAUAUCAGCAAGCAAAAGCGAGACAUCAUGUCAUACAAAGCCCAAGCUCCGGUAUACAACACCGACAACGGCGAAAAACCUCCUCCAUCAAUUGAAGACGAGAGAGUUAGCCCAAAGACUUUCUAUAAGCUAGCUACUCUUGAUUUAGAAUCCGACUCUGAGUAUGAAUCUGAGAUUGAAGAGUAUGAAGCUUGUCAGGAACCAUAUUAUGAUUACAAACGUGAGGAGAGAUCUCGUGCGAGAUCUCCAUCCUCUGAGUCUGUCCAUUGGCAAUCUAGCUCCAAAUCGUACAGGGAUGGUCACAAACCACAAGCUACCUAUGAAAGAGAGAGUUAUCGCAGACCAACAGUUCCUCAUACAGAUUCGACAGAAGAAUAUUGUGCCCGAAAGCGAGCGGAGCGAGCUGCUCGAAAUACCAGGGAUGAUAAGCCUCAACAACCUCGCUAUAGCCGCAAAGCUCCUUCCCCGGAGAGGGAAGAAUAUCGCAGGCCUCAUGUUCCUUAUCCAUCCUCAGAUCAGUACUACAGCCCUAGAGCCCGAUCACCACCUCCUCCUCCCACACGACCAAGAUAUCAACCCGAAUCUUACAAAUCUUCUUCGUUCCCAUACUCAUCUUCUAGCCGCACACGUGCCAAGAAACUAAGUAAGAUGGAAGAAGAACGAGAAGACAGAGAAAGAAUUAGAGAGGAUCUUCGAGCAAAACAAGAACUCAAGAAGGAAAGACUUAGAAGACAUCACGAAGAGACUUUGAGGGCUAAAGAAGUAUUAGAUCAUAUCAGAUUACGGAGAGAAGAAGAAGAACGUCUUAAAGAUCGUCUUAGACACAGACAAAAUGGUCCAGACGAAAGACAUCAAUCUCGUCCCAAGCACGAACCCCCUAGAAGCUCCAGACAUGAAGAUCCCAAAAUCUACGAAUCUCGCCCGAGACCUAGCUAUCGAGACCCAGAGUACGGCUACGAUUAUGCGAGAAAGGAAGUUAGAGUUCCGGAGCCGAAAAAGGGAGAGGGAUUGAGAGUGGACGUUCCUGAAGGAUGGAGAAUUGUCGUUGUGGUUGAGGAUUAGAAUUAGAAAGCGGUAAGUCAGAGGAGUGUUCCUACGGUUGUUUCCUUUUGUGCUGGUAUAUAUACGCUUCUCUUUUCUAAAGCCACUCCUUUUAUCAAUUUCCUUGAGUCAAUUUCCUACAGCCA